CAGAUAUCCCUUUUCAGCCUAAUCCACGCUUAUCAUUCGAUCUCUCGCCAAACCCCAUCUCAGAGGUCAUUCGGAGCAAUCAAACAGCAUCUCCACUGUGGAGCAGGCGCAGUGACGUUCUGAAGGGUGCUUAGAUGUGUACCUUUUCCAGUCCUCCUUAACCUGAAUUUCGUCCAGUCGCUUUUACGGUCCGCAGUGAUGAAGAAAGUUGUGGUGGUCACUGGGGCCAGCAGUGGCAUUGGCUUGGCUCUCUGUGAACGGCUGCUCUCUGAGGACGAGGAGCUUCAUCUAUGCUUAGCAUGCAGGAACCUGGCAAAGGCUGAAGCUGCCCGAGUCACUCUGCUGUCUUCUCACCCCACAGCGGAGAUCACACUGGUACAGAUAGACGUUAGUAACCUGCGGUCCGUGUUUCAGGCCUCAAGAGAACUGAAACAAAGGUUUGAGCGGCUAGACUACCUCUAUCUGAAUGCUGGGAUUAUGCCAAACCCACAGCUGAAUUUAAAAGCACUUUUUUAUGGUCUCUUUUCAAGAAACAUAUUUCAUAUGUUCUCCACAGCUGAGGGCCUGCUGACUCAGGAUGACAAGGUUACUGUCGAUGGACUACAGGAGGUGUUUGAAACCAAUGUCUUUGGCCACUUUAUUCUGAUUCGGGAGCUAGAACCUCUGCUUUGUCACCCUGACAUUCCAUCUCAGGUCAUCUGGACAUCUUCUAGCAAUGCCAAGAAAUCUAAUUUCACACUGGAAGAUUUCCAGCACGUCAAAGGCCAUGAACCCUACAGCUCUUCUAAAUAUGCCACUGACCUUCUGAGUCUGGCUCUGAACAGGAAUUUUAACCAACAGGGCCUGUACUCCAGUGUAGUGUGCCCAGGGGUUGUGAUGACCAAUUUGACUUACGGAAUUCUGCCGCCUUUCAUCUGGAAACUGUUGAUUCCAUUCAUAUUUCUGCUACGCUUUUUUAUAAAUUCUUUCACAUCAACACCUUACAAUGGCACAGAAGCCUUGUUAUGGCUUUUCCGACAAAAGCCAGAAUUCCUGAAUCCUUUAACCAAAUAUCACAGCCUGACCACAGGUCUUGGACACAAUUAUGUAAGCCCUCAAAAGAUGGAUCUGGAUGAAGAGACUGCUGAAAAAUUUUACCAAAACUUGCUAGACCUGGAAAAGCGCUUUGGGGCUAUCAGAGCCAAGGCACUGGAUAGUAGGAGUUGAAAAUGAAUUUCUUAGAACCAUCAUGUGCUUUCAUUCUGAGUACUUUCUCUUCUUUUCACUUGGGUGAAGUGAAUUUAUAGAACAACCAGGAGAAUCUUCUCUCUCUCCUUGAUUUGUGUAUAUGUGCACAUGCAGGUGCCUGUGGUUCUGCAUGUAUAUGUGUGUACACACACAUAUAUAUUCUAAGAGGGUAAACUUAAUUUCUUAAUUAGGGGCAGCAGUGGAUAGAGAGCCAGGCCUAUAGGCAGGAUGACCUGGGUUCCAGUCUGGCCUCAGACACUUCUAGCUGUGUGACUCUGGGCAAGUCACUUAACCCAGUUGCCUAAUUCUUACCCUUCUGUCUUAGAGCUAUUACUAGAACAGAAGGUGAGGGUUAAAAAAAAGAAAGAAAAAGAAAAAGUCCCACUAGAAACAACCACUUUGUUGUUAAUCAUCAAUACCAAUCAACUUUGAAAGUUCGUCUCUUUAAUACUGAGCAAGUCCCUCUUCUUUGCACUUUAUUUCUCCCUCCACAAAGUGGUUAAACUGUGUGUGACAUUCCACCUCUUAGAGGGGAAAUGGAGUUUUGUGAUUUCAGUAAAUAGAUGAGCAUCAUUUGUAGGCUUAAAUUAUUCCAUGGCCUAUAAUUAGGGCCAAAGCAAGCUUACUGGACAAAUGUCCUACUUUUUUUUUUGGGGGGGGGGGAUGGGAGGGACUGAGUCUUCCAAACUAGAAGUACAGUGAUCACUCUGGGCCUUAUCCCUAUGCUGAUUUGUGUGAAAGUUUAAUCCUGUUCCAUUUAUUCAACUUGGGGGCCCAGCAUAAUGGCGCUAGACUUGGCUCAGACUCCUGAUUGGCUUUAGGCUUUCUGUAGGGCAGAGACGCUGUACUCAAAGGACACACCAGGCGAUGUAUACAGUCAAGCACGAGCAGGUCUGGGUCUGCCUCUCUCAAUAAGGAUGGUGCAUUAUCCUCUAAAACCCAAGAUCAAGAUAGAGUUCUGGAGUCUGCCAGCUAUUAUUGGCUUCCUGAACAAAUCACUUCAUUUAUCAUGAGUCUGAUUCCCCAUCAGUGGAAGAAGAGUCAACUCCCCCUCCUCCUUCACCAGAGGCUGUCAUGAAGUACCAGUGUGUUGAUGUGUUCAAAAUAAAACGAACUUGUUUAAGUAUGA